UGUGAUGUGGUAAGCUCUGAUAGUAUUACAGGAAAGAGUUAGCAUUGCUCAGAUGAGCACCACAGAAAUAAAACUAUGCUCCCUGUAAUAGCAGGCUUGACAUCCAUGAAAUCAUCCCUGCAGGAGUGGGUGGAAGUAUUGCUUUAAAAUAACUUUUGACUAUCCUAUUUCCCUGAUCAUUUCAGUUUCGAUGAAUCGAAGAAAUGUUGUCAAGGCACGAGGGGAAGCAGGCAAGGAUGACAGUAUGCAAGGCAUAGUGACAGCAACAGGAGGCUGAAUACUUCACUGCCACUCAUUCUGUCAUGGAUUUGAUGAAAGAAGACUUCGUCACUACUAGCUAUUAGGUUUCAGCUCAUUAUAGUUGCCGCUGCUUCAGAUGGAGGCCAUCCUAGGUGACCACAUGUGUUGCCUAUGCCUAGAACCGGGCCUGCUCACAGAUGUCUUUUAUACACUCAUUGCAGCUGCAUCUCAUUUUCCAGAGAUUAUUUCAAAAAGUUACUUACUACUACUACUGUGGUCAGAUAAUGGAGGCAACUCAGACUCAGAGAGAUAAGAUCUGUGUAAAUUCUGUUUGGGAAUGGGCAGGAGAGAGAUGUGAAUCUAUUUACUUUCUUGUGGCUCUCUGACCUGCCCUCAGCGAAUCAGAGUGUAACAAACUACAGAGACACGGUGACUUUUAUACCACAGGCUUCAAACAACAUUGAUUUAGAUCAGUAAGCCAAGGAAAUGGAUCAAUGAUGAUGGUCAAAGUAUGUGAGAUGUGGCACACUGCCAGAGUUACUGCUGACCAUGGUUGCAAAUCUGUUGGAUGGAAUGGAAUUCAAAUUAAAAUGGGCUUUGCUGACAUCAUAACACUUGGCCACAACAGUUUCAGGAGUGCUUUUCGCAUGAAAAAUUAUCACACAAAGUGUGAUUCAAGCACUGUAUAAAUUUGUGAUAUAUUGGGAAAACUUAAAAAAUAGCAGCACCCAAAAUGCACUUUCCCCCCCUCAGUGUUUAUUUAGAUAGUGUCAAGUCACAGUGUCCCUCUAAAAUGGCUAUAGUUGAAGUCUGAAUUACUGCCAGAAUAACAGAAUCCUUCUCCUCUCCUAGGAUAAACAUUGUUUUCAAUGUCAGGCAGGGCUGAGGAUUGAAGACUGAGCCAUCAUAUUUUGGGAAAUACAGUAUCCUUUAGGUGUUAGUUGUUUAUGUGGUGCAAAGAUAAACACAAUGAUGAAUUUAAACUGGGGGUUACUACAGGGCAGGUUGUUCUAGCGUUAUCAGAAAUACAAUGACUGACCUCAGCUAAUCUCUGGACUCUUCAGUUGAGCAAGAAAGACAGAAACUAGCGACAGGUGAGCAAAAGAAGAGUGGUAGAAGCCACAGUGGUGAAGGAAAGAGUGAGCAGGGAGAGAAGGGAAGAGAAACAAAGAAGGGGCAAGGGGACUCAAGGAGAGAGGGAACUUUCAGAGGAACAGUUAGGAUGAUGUGUUGUUGCACUUGCAGUGUGAACAGGAAAUAAAGGAGAAAAGAGCACAGUUUGCCUUCAGCGCGCUCUAUAGGGCAGAAGCAAUAUGGUACAGAAGGAGAAAGAAAGAUAUAAGUAGAGGAACAGAACAAGAGGCAGACAGAGUGAAAGUAAGGAGAGAGCAAGAAAGAGUAGCAGAAUGAAUAGAUAGAGGGAACAAAAGAAAACAUCAAGAGGAAGAGAAGGGAGUGGACACAGUGGACUUCACCAUGGGAAUCAAAACCAAGGCAGCUGUGGCCAUCGUGAUUCUACUGGUGUUCCUUGGCUCAAUGUGGCUCCAGGGAGGCUUGGAGAAUCAGUGGCGUUCCUGCAUGAAAGGCUUUCCUCAAGAUCAAGAGCCUGUCAUUGUUACUAUACUCAAUGACACAGGCACAGACAGUGAGAGGGACACUGACAGGGUCCCACUGGGUAAGUGUCCUGGUCAGGAUUUCCAGGUAUCUCGGCUGCUGUCUUAUCUACUGGCUGCCCCAGCGCCCCCUUCUGAUGUGCUUCUGCAGCCUUACCUCUCUAGCUGGGACGAACUCAUCAAGUUCAUGGAGGCCUUGGGCCCAAUGGUGGGUAUUAUCUCCCAGGAGAUUGACGGAAAAACCUCCAUAAUCCGCCAGCUGGCCAGAAAUGAUGCUGAGAGACAGAUGGAGCGACCGCAGGAAGAGGAAGUGAGAGAGGGAGAGGAACACAUCCGCGCUAAUGCAGACGGAAGGGGAGACAGGAAGGUUGAGGAGAGGCCGGGACCACAGUCCGCCAUUGCUGUGAAGACUGAGGGCAAAGACGCUGUCGGAGAGGAACGGCACUUUGCUGACUUUGGUGAAUCCUACCUCUCCGUUCGCUCCAUGAUACACGUGGAGCUGCGCCGGGGCACGGUGGACUUUGCCGAGCAGACGGACUCUGGCUGCCGCACACUUUUGAGGCUGCACCGGGCCCUGCUGUGGCUCCAGCUCUUCCUGAAGAAGCUGGGGGAGAAGCCUGCGGCCGGGGCGAGGCUGCGGAGCCCGUCUGAGCUGUGCCGCGAGGCCUACCAGCAGACCCUGGCGCACCACCACUCCUGGCUGGUCCGCCGGGCGGCAGAGUUGGCCUUCCUCGCCUUGCCUGACCGAGGGUUCUUCUUCAGGCUGGUGUGCGUGCACAAUCAGGAUGAUUUAGCAUUGCUGCUGAACAGGGUGGUCAGGGCCAUUGGGGAGGUAUACCAGAGGACCCAGAAUGCACUGGAGGAGUAUAGCAUGUUGAACUUGCCAUAGAGAACAUAAGGGAGUUGGGGCAAUAUAGAGCUCUCAAAGUGCAGCAGGACUAUAAUGCAGACACUAUUGCUUACCACUUAGCACUGCAUUGUCUGUACAGAGACUUCUCAAUUCUGCUCCUAAAGUGAGGAAACUGGACAUUUAUUAUAUUUCUAGGACAAACCGGUUUGACCUUUUUCUGGGGUUGAGGAUGGUGGGACAUUACAUUACAUUACAUUACAGGCAUUUGGCAGACGCUCUUAUCCAGAGCGACGUACAACAAAGUGUAUAACCAUAACCAGGAACAAGUAUGACGAAAACCCUAGAGAGAAGUACCGGUCCAAGUACAGGGAACAACCGCAUAGUUCAACUUGGACCCUGAUGGUUAAACUGAUUAACACUAACAACGAGAACGGCAACAUCUAUGCAAUCUAUGGAAAAAUAAAAAUAAAUAAAAAUACAAUUAGUCGUUAAGACAGGCGCAUCGACUAAGUCACCUAUGAAACAGCUGCCUAGUUACAACCCUAAGUUUUAGUCAUUUACAGGGGGGAAGGGAGGGAUGGGGAGAGGUGCAGCCUGAAGAGGUGGGUCUUCAGUCGUCGUUUGAAAUGGGUCACAGUCUCAGCUGUUCUGACCUCCACAGGGAGGUCAUUCCACCAUCGUGGGGCCAGAACAGACAGGAGACGUGUUCUGGAAGUGCAGGUGCGAAGAGGGGGAGGUGCUAGGCGUCCUGAGGUAGCAGAACGGAGGGAUCUGGCUGGCAUGUAGGGUUUGAAUAUCUUGUGAAGGUAUGCUGGGGCUGAUCCCUUGACUGCCUGGUAUGCUAGGACCAAUGUUUUGAAUUUGAUGCGACAUUAGCCCUUACAUGAUUGGUUUCAUUGUUGCAAAACAUGUCAGGACUAAAGCAGACAUUAGGGUGCAGUCGCUGCAGUCUCUAAUACACAAAACAAGCAUCAUCUGUGUGUUCUCAGACCAAAUGUGAUGCUUCUUAUGUUUUAAAAAAAUACUUUCUCACAAGUCUCCACUAUGAUGCCUGCAUCUGAAAUGAUCAUCUGCGCUAACAAAGGGCGCUAUUCUGGGCCUAAACCUGACAAGUGCCUUAACCUCAAGGUUGCUGUACAGUCAAAGAACAAGACAAAAGCGAUAUUGUAGACAGCAUUUGGACAAAGGGGCAAAGCAGCCACUGACACAGUAGGAAAGUGACUUCAUACAGUACCUAUAAAUUGUUCUGAAACAAACACACAAGUUGAAUGUUGAGACAUUUGCAAGUCUCAUACCAUUUAUAUAACGUACGUUAUAAUGUAGUAUAAUGCUGCUGACCAUGUUGCUAGUCAAAUCCAAUACUCAAAAUCCAACCUAAUAAAGAAAAAAGCACCUAAAAUUAUAAUAGUAGCUAUGCAUGCUUAAAAGUGCCUAUGUGUGCAUUACUUUUGUCAACAGUCAUGAUGUGUCAGUAUUAGUGUGUAUUAUCUGCAUAGUGUUUAUACGUGAGGGUGUGUGGGUAUCAGCCAUUUGGAAUGCAAUUAAUUCAACUGUUUUAUGCAAGCAAAUACUCUUUUAACACCAUUUAAUCUCCCUAUCUACUUCUCUUUACAGAAAUAUGAUGACAUGUUGCAUGUGUAUGCAUGCUUAUAUGUACAUGCAUAGAUGCUAAUCAGGACUGGCAAACAUCCUUCUGAACAAGAAAAUCUGAAGCAAAUUACAUAAAACAAUGUAGUGUGAGUACUUCUGUGUAGCAGGAAGGGUGUGGCAAUGAAUGUUGUUGCUUCAUUUUGCUCUCCAAAUGACUGAAUGAACUGAUUUCAGUGCAUCGGAUCUUGAACCCGUAUUGCAAAGGACUGGCCUCACCAAAUGAGUUCAUUCGUUAGGGUCAGUUAUUUCCAAGGAAGGGACAUAUUUCAGCAGCUUGUUUGUUAAUGUUUGACUGGGAGAAAUGAUCUCUACUUGUAACGGCCAAAGAGCAAAGCAGUUGCACUUCCAAUCCAAACACCUGACCCAAGGGUUUGGACUAUUAGCCAUAUUCGGCUGGUCUACAGAGAGGGCAAGGGCUCAGAUAAAGCCUAAGCAAAGAGUGUUAUCAAUCACGUGAAGACAAAUCACAUGCUGUGGAUGUUACAAAGACAUGCUCACUGAUUCAUCUUACUUGGGCAGCUAAAAACCAAAUAAACAUGUGAAAUUUGA